AUGAGAAUAAGAAAAGGAUGGUGUACAUUGUGUCGUGAAAACUUUGAAGAUGGAGACGAAUGCAUCCAGUGCAAACAAUGUAAGAAGAGGUUUCACAGGGAAUGCCUGCAGGCAGAAGGCCUAAUUGACAACGAAGGUUUGAAAGAUACAAAAAAUUACUUUUGCUAUGACUGCAUGAAUGAAGAUGAUGAGAUACCAGAAAAUGAAGAUAGGUGUAAAAUAUGCCGAGAAAAAUCGCCCAAUUUAAUUUUAUUACUAUGUGAUGGAUGUCCCAAUAGCUAUCAUGUUACCUGUUUAGGCCUGCAGGCAGAACCUGAGUCGGAAAAAUGGUUUUGCCCAGUGUGUAAACCGGAGGAACAUAAAAAUCUGGAUGUCAGACGGAUGCGGAAAGGAUUUGCCAUUGAAAAUAUGAAUGGAGAGCACGUAAACUCUUCCACAUGUUAUGUAUGCCAGAGACCGGGGAAAUUACUUGGCUGUGAUUUCUGCCCCAAUUCAUUUCACCCAACAUGCUUGCCUGAUCUCGAUUUUGAUAAUAUAUCAGAUCAGUGGGAAUGUCCAUGUUGCAAAAAUGAAGACCCGUUACUAAACCAGGGACAUAAGAGGUGGACGAAACAUGAAAUCCAGGACAUUAUGAAAAAAAGACAAAGAGAGCUAGGUUUCUGGAGAUCGAAAAUCAUAAAGUACCGAAAUCGAUUUCUGCUAGCACAUAGGAAAGAUUUACAACCCUUUGUGAAUCCCAAAGUCUUUUCAAACCUUACCAAAACGUUUAAAAAUGAUUUUUUCAACUCGAGGAGCAGCGAUACUAGUGCGUACAGCAGUGGAGGGAGAAAAGGAGGGAAACACAACGACUCGGAUAGGAAUUAUCGUCAGGGGAGUAAUUCCAGGAAGGAUGUAGAUAUAAAUUCGAAAGAGUUCGACGAAUAUAUUUCAUCCCUUGAAGAUGAAGCGAAUGAAAAUGCAUGCAAAUUUAUCGAAUCUGUAUUUUUAAGUGUUUACUAUCCGAAUGGACGGAAAAUCGAGCGGCGACCACUGGUGGAUAAUGUGCAGUUAAAGCCGCAUCAGGAGGACGGUGUCGAAUGGUUAUUAAAGUCUUUCCUCACAGGAGGAGCUAUCUUAGCAGAUGAAAUGGGACUAGGAAAAACCAUACAAACUUUGUGUUUUCUGUCAUAUUUAAAAUGUAACAAAAUCGAUGGUCCUCAUUUGAUCGUCGUACCUUUAUCCACCGUGGGUAAUUGGCUCAGGGAGAUUCAUAGAUUUACUCCGCAUCUUACGUGCAUCAAAAUAUGCGGUUCGAAAAAUGAGAGAACUCAUGCAAAAGAGGAUCGACUAGCCGAGAAGGGCCUAUACGACUUGUACGUAACUACCUACGAAACGGUAAAAAAUGAAGAGGAGUUCUUCGUGGAAACCAUUCCCAGGUGGCAAUGUAUAGUUCUGGAUGAAGCCCAUAGGAUAAAAAAUCAAAGUGGGGCCAUCCGACACUCGAUGGAUAGAGUCGUCGGCAACAUGCGAUUGUUGCUCACGGGGACUCCUUUACAAAACAAUUCAGCGGAGCUGUUUACUCUCAUCAAUUUUAUGUUCCCAGAUAUAUUUAAAAAUUCAGAAAUUAUCGAGCAGGCCUUCAUGAACGCAUCCCAGCAGAACACUGCCGCAGGGAGUAGUCAAAGUGGCAGUGCAACCAACAAUCAAAAAAGUUAUAACAACAUGAAGAAUAAAAAUAAUAAGGAUGAGAAAAAUAGCCAAAAGGGGGACGCGGCAGGAGGAAGUGGAUCCAAACUUAACGUCAACAUUGGAAAUAUUGAUCUCAAGUCGGCCAUCAAGGAGGAGGAUCUAAAAGCUAUUCGAUGUCUUUUAGACAAAGUUAUGCUGAGAAGAUUAAAAGAACAGGCUAUCACAUUGCCGAAAAAGAUUUUCCAUGAUGUGUGGUUACCCUUGGGUAGUCUGUCUGCUCACUGGUAUAAGAGGCUUCUGGACAUUCGAUCCAUGGUGGAAGAAAAAGUCAGUGUGAAGAAGUUACUCGGGCUUGUGAUCAAAAUGAGAAUCAUUUGUGGCCACCCCAAAGGAAUAGUUAGUCGAUCCUCCCAAAUGGAAAAACUUUUUGCAUUCUUCGAAGAAGAGAGUGAAGAAGUAAAAGAGCAAGUAAAGAAUGAUGCGUUAAAGUUGAAGCACAUAUCUGGAGAGGAACACAUCGAGUCUUCCUCGAAGCUUGUCUUCAUCGACAAGCUAUUGUGCCAACUGCAUUACGAAAAUUGUAAAUAUGUUAAGAACUACUCGUCCAGUUUUGAUAAGCACAAGAAGGAAGUUGCUGCCUACAGAUAUCACAAAAUUCAGGAACAAAAUAACGCCCAGAAGAAGAAGAGAGAAUAUUCAGGGAAGUUUAAAAAGAUCGAAGCGCUGGAAAACAGCCCUAUGUUUAUCGAAAUUCUCAAUCAGGGCAAAUUUGAUUUGAAACCCACCUCCGAAAAUGAAGAUAUGCUUAAAGGCUUCAUGCACCCCGUGGCCGUUGAUAAUGAAUGCCCUUAUAAAAAAAAAAGGUGCAUCUAUGAUAAGGUCAGAGAAUAUAUCAAGAAUAAUGCCGCCAAUGGUGAUGGGAAAUCCAUUCGAAGAAGGACCAAUAUUUUGAAGCAUGGAAAUCACUCUUAUAAUCUGUCCGAUUACAACUACCGGGGCAACUCUCGUCAUGGUGGUACCAACAGAAAAAGGGUCUAUGAUGAGAAUUAUCUGUCCAAUGAAGACCCCGAUGAGGAGGGGGAGCAGCAGGAGGAGGUGCGCAAAAAUUGCAAAAGUGACAGUGACGAUGACCCUGAGGAGAAGGAGGAUGACGUCUAUGAUCAGGAUAAUGGCGAGGAUGAGGAGCAAGAGGAGGACAACCCGAAACCGAAACAAUCCAAGCAGCAGUCGCAGGGGGAGAACGAUAAGGAGGAGGACGACGAAGAUGAUCAAGAGACUGCCCAUGAUAAGGAUGACGAAGAUGAUCAGGAUGACGACGAGGAUGAUGAUAACAGCGGCAAAAAUAAGGACAGCCAUAAGGGAAACACAAAAGAAAGCACCAACACCCAGUUCGAUAGCAACGAGGAGGUAGAAGAGGAGGAUGACUCGGACGAGGAGAAGGACGAAGCAGGGGAAGAAUACCAAUGCGAUGAGGACAAAACGGAUAUCUGCGCGGCUCAGCCCCGUGUCGACGUGAAGGACGAACCGAAUGACCACACGAAUGACGAUGCGAAUGAUAAAGCCCAUGAUAUCGUCACCCUCGGGAAAAACUGCAAAAUGAUGAACAUAAAGGAGUUCUUCAAAACGGAGAAGAAAGAUUCAUCGGACAGCUUGGAUAAGUCAAACGAGCAGUCGACGAAGGUGUCUGAUAAGGGCGAUUCUAGAAGGACCCACCUGGAGGACGCAAAAAAGGAGGAAGAAGACGACGAAGAGGCGGACGAAAACAUCUAUGCGCACAGCAAGAUCGGAAGCGAGGAAAAGACGAAACAUAUGGAUGUACUGAUUCCGAAGAAAGAGGAUGGCGUAGUAGAAGAACAGGUAGACCAACAAUACGCAGCAGAAUAUCAGGCAAACGGAGAAGUCAGCCCAAAGGAUAAUCACCAAAGCAGCAUAUGUGCCAAUGAUGGGAAGGAGGACAAUGGAGCGGAAGACAAAUCGGACAAAGGAGAAAUCAAAAUGCACAAAGUGCUAAUUUUUACCCAGUUCCAGUUGGUAUUAGACGAGUUGGAAGAAUAUUGCAAAUACAGGUGCUGGAAGUAUAUGCGGCUGGACGGGUCAACAAACAAACUGAUAAGAGAGUUGGACAUUAGGGAGUUUAAUCUAAGUGACAGCAUUUACUUUAUUUACCUAAUUAGCACGAGGGCAGGAGGACUGGGAAUAAAUUUGACGGCAGCGAAUCAUGUAAUUAUGUAUGACGAGGAUUGGAACCCUUUUAUCGAUCUACAGGCAAUCGAUAGAGCCCACCGUAUUGGCCAGAAAAGAGAAGUGAACGUGUGGAAACUGAUGACGGAGUGGACUGUAGAAGAAAGAAUGGCAUUUAGAAGAGAACAGAAAUUGAAGUUGGACAAGCUUGUUGUUCAAACACAGGACGAUGAAGAUAUGCUAGACAAUUUUGAAGAAAAACUUUCCUCAGAUGAGAUUAGGAAGCUAAUGUUACAUGGGAAGGCAGCCAUACAGAACAUGGACGUGGAAAACACGAACAGUUACCCGCUGGAAUUUUUCAUAGAGAGGGGAAGAAGAAAGCUGCCCAUUAUUAACGGGGUCGACUUAGAGAAGGAGGAAAAAACUACCAUAGAGCAAGAAGUAAAUAAUAAUAACAAUGGGGCAGAAACGGGAGAUGGAAACAUUUGUAUACAGAAAGGUAGAGGUGGUGGAAAUGGGGAAGACAGCGACGUUGAUGACGAGGAGAGAGCUGAGAACGAUGAUGAUGAAAACGGAAUCGACAUAGAUGAGAUUAUGAUUGAUGAGGCGCAAGAACUCGAAAUGGGACUCAACACUGGUAAUAACAUGAAUGAUGGUAGUCCACUCGACGAAGAUGGAAAUGACCAAGUGUACGUCACAGGAGGGAACUCCAAAUCGAAGGGAGAUCUUUUAAAAGAUGGCAAUGCGGCAGGAGGAGGGGCUGGAGGUUCCGACACGACUUUGUGGAGAUCCGUAAGGGAAAGAAAGAAGCCGCAGAAUAUGUACACACCAGAGUACUGGGGAAGAAAACAAGAAGUGAAACAAAUCAAGCACGAGUACCGAUGCUUCAUUUGUAAUAACACGAAAAAUUACAAAACGGUGGUAAAGGAUCGAAACAAUAACGACAUCGAAAUUGACUACGGAGAUAUGAUAAACUGCUUUCGAUGCCCCAAAACAUAUCAUAAGUUAUGCGAAGGGAUUAAGGAUGAAAAUGUGAAGAAGACAUGGACCUGCAGCUGGCAUGAAUGCUGCCUUUGUUUUAGAAAAUCAUCUCAGUGUGGUAAUUUACUAAUCCAUUGUGCCACGUGUCCCACCAGUUUCUGCUAUAAUUGUUUCCCCCCAGAUUAUGUACGCUACUAUGUUGGUGAGGAGUAUUAUCACAAUUUACGCCAGAGGGGAGUAAACUUCACGCCGCAGAACUGGGUGUGCUUUCUCUGUUCCAAAUGUAAGGCGGUGGAGGAACAGAAGAAACGAAGAAAGAUGACAAAGGAAGAAAGAGAAAACGAGAAGCAGCUACAGAAGGAACUGAGAAGCCAACUCCAUGACAGCAAACAGGAAGAAUUAGAAGCGAAGAAAAGAAAGAGAGCACAACAAAUUGAAAGAGACAAAUUCAUCAUAGAAAAUAGAAAGCGAAUAGAUGCCUUGGAUCAGAAAUAUGAAUCACAACUGAGAAGUGCAUAUGAAAAUUUAUUUCCUGUCAAUUUUGUGAAAGAAUUAGUUAAUCGAAUUGAACAUGCCAAAAUGCUGAAGCAGAAAGGAAUUGAAGACGACAACAAGGAAACGAACAAAAAAAAGUCCACUACAUUUUUGCAUACGAAAUUGCCUCAUAAGCUUCUUGUCCUUUGUGAAAAUUGUAAACUUCCUUGCCAUGCCAAUUAUAAGUACCCAGGACAGUGUUGCUACCCAUUGGAACUGGACAAAUCCUACUUCUACGCGAACACGUCUUUUAACCAGUCUGCCAAUAAUAAGGAUGGUGCCCCUCCCCCCUCUGGGGGAAGCACUUCUGACAAAAGAAAUGCUCUAAGUGGUAAAGACCCCUCCUCUUCUUUUUCUUCUGAAUUUAAGGAGAAAUCGGAAAAUAACAAUGACGAGAAAGAGGCAUCCAACAAUGUUACAACGAAGGAGGAGGAGAAUGAGGAAGACUUGGAGAAGAGAACUCUAUUUUUCCCUCAAGGGGUAUGCUCCCCUCACAUGACGAGUAGCUCAAACAAGGAGGACAGUAAAAAAGGCUACGAUUUUAAUGGCACAAAUUUGUUCAUUUUUAAGGGAGCCAAGAGUGUAGUGACGAGUGGAGAUGAAGACACCACUGGUAGGUCUGACAAACAUGGAGGUGGUGCCAUCCAGGGAAAUCCCAGCGAUAACACGUUGAGCAGAAAGGUGAUCAAAUUUGAAGCGGAUCAGAAUCAUUUACACGAUUUUACGCACAGCACCUGUUUUGAGAAAACCGAAAGUAAGGAUAAUGAGGACGAAGAGAAUGCCCACGAGAAGAAGCUAAACAUGAGUAGAGGCGUCAUAGAAGGGGACCAUUUCAACGUGGAGGAUAAAUUCAACCAAGGGUCCAGUGAAAAUGUGAAGUUGAUGAUUAGCACCAUCCUUUCGUCCGAUAACAAUGGCAGUGAUGUGAAGGGAGAGAAUAAUCUACCAAGUGUAGGAACACCAAACAAUAAUAACGACACCAGUUCGAAGGGAAAGACAAGACGAUUUUUGCGAGCCGUAUGUGCCAAGUGUGGAACCGUGCAGCUGGGAAAAUUGGCGCACUUUAGAAAGCACUGUGACAAAUUAACGGAGGAAGAAAAACAAGAAUAUGAAGAUAAACGAGAAAAACUAAAACAACUUAUCGAGUUGUUAAAUAAGAAAAAGAUACCCGAGGAGCACACAGAGGAGGAGUAUAAAAAUAUGUCUAUUUUUAAAUUCAAAAGUUUAUAUACUCAGUUCCAAGAUAAGGGAGAUAACAUUCUGGAAGACUGCAUCCGAGAGAUGAAGUGGGAUGUAUUAAUAUCAUCCAAGAAGAAGGUCCUGAAGAAGGAGAAAGAAUCUAAACGGGGCAAUCACAGUAGUAGCGGCGGGUUCUUUAGCCCUUCAGGCAAAAUGAAUGAUGACAAAAAUGAGGACAAUCUCAGCAGUGGAGGCAGCUCCAUGUUUAAAUCAAACCUCACACAUCUGCUAUACAGCCAACCGCUAAUCAUCAACUCCGACGGCUCCGACCCCAAGGACAUCAUAGAAAUAAAAAGUGACAUAACGGAUGAAAUGAUGGAAAGAAUAAACGACGAAAUAUCAUCCAUGACUGGCAAGAGAAAAAAAUCGGUCAAGAAUACCAUCAAGAAGAUAAAGAAAAAAAAAAUGAAUGACAGCAACAGCAGCGGCAACGCAGAAGAAUCAGCAAACGUAAGUAACGCACAAAAGGAAAAUGCAAAUAAUAUGAAGAAACUAAAUUAUCUAAUAAAUCCAUUUCAUGAAAAAUUAAUUAAAGAUAUUCACAAUACGAAUUUUAUUAGAGACUCAUUUAAUGAUGAUUUUUUACUGAAAGCGAAGGAGUUUCUCAGAGUUACAAAAAAAAAGUUAAUUAAUAACUCGUUUGUAGAAUCUGGUGCCGGCGAGGCAGGAGGAGCACCCGACGUGGAGCUACUCAACUGUGUCGAUAAAAAUAGGAAGCUGACCCAAACUGAUUUAGAAAAAUCCAUGAUUCAGAAUUAUCUCAAUAAGAUGAAGAGCUCCCUAAAGAAUAGCACCUACUUGGAGAAAGCCAUUCCCGGGGAUAACAUGGUAGCCGAUGUGACAUAUGCCAAAUCCCGCAUGAAGAGUAAUACCAAUACGAGUGACGAAAACAAAAUAAAUCUUACCCCUGAAUUGUAUAAAAAUAUGUUUGAAAAGAACACCAAGUAUUGUAUGUUCACGAAUAAAGGUUCCACGACCUCCACCACGGCCAGUCCCAACAUCAAAGACAUGGCAGCCUCUUCCCUUUCCCAUUCGGUGAAAGGCAUCGAUAAGGCAGAAGAAUUUACCAAACACCUUCAGCACAACAGAAGCAGCAAUUUUGCCACCAUUAACGACUUCAAUGUUGACAUUUUUAAUAUUAACAAAAAUAUAAAAUGUGAAGAUAUAGAAAAGAAAUUGCUAAACCUUUGUGCGAAUACCAACUUGAUGAAAAAAAAAAUGAUGCAAGCUGAUAGGCAUGAACUCAACCAGGAGAGAAGUGCAUCCCUCAACAUGGACUCAAGAACGAGUUUUCAUUUUAACAAAAGCGAACCCUCCUACCAAAAAGUCACCUCCUGUGGUGUGGACGGAAAUGUGGACUAUGACAUAAAAAAAAUUACCAGCUCGUCCGAGCUCUGCGGAAAUAACAAGGUGCAGGAGUACAUUCUCUACCGCAGGAAGAAGCCCAGCAACAGUUCCAGUGUCGGCGGCGAGAAGAGCAGCGCGGGCAACGCCAAGGGUGGCACAUCGGGAAGCGCCAGUGCUAAGGGUCUCAGCAAUGUGAAGAAUCCCGUCAUUAUCAGAACCUCCAGCAACUCCAAAAGUCCCGGAAACACGAAAAGUCCCGUCAAUAAUAAAAGCCCAAGAAAUGGCAAAAGCCCAGGGAAUAACAGAAGCCCAAGAAAUGCCAAAAGUCCCAGUAAUGCCAAAAGUCCCAGCAAUACCAGAAGCCCCGGCAACAGCAAAAGUCCCAGCAAUAUCAGGAGCCCAGGAAAUCCCAAAAAUUUCAGCAAUGCCAAAAGCCCUGGAAAUUCCAGAAGCCCCAGCAACUCAAAAAGCACGACCAAUGUGAAGAACGCAAGCCGCAUUAGCACCAACAACAGUGACAACAGAAGUAGCCAAAGUUACAAGGCGAAUAAGGCACACGACGAGUAUAUUACCAGCAGAAACAGCCCAGGUAAAACUCUCCCUCAAGGCAACACCAACAAAAUAACCACCAUCAGUAGCGAAAACAUCUUGCAACACCUAAAGUUAGAUGACGUCAAAAAUUUUAUCAUGAGUGCGGAGAGAAACAAGAGUGAUAAGCUCCCCCCGGAGGUGAACUGA